GCUGCCUUUCUUUCCUCUCAGCAUGGUAUAUAUACAUUGAAUGCAUUUCUGUUCACUUGCACCUCAGUUGGAAAUUGCAAAACAGCUUUACAGAAGGAGAAACGUUGCAGAAUUUGGACUAGUGCAUGUUUUAGUACAAGUUCGCCAUUUUCGUCUCGACAUGUUCUGGAAAAUGUACCUAAGAAACAGUCAAAACUCACUCUUGUCUCUUCAAAAAGCACCAGAAUGACACGAGAAAGACGUGAAAGCCUCUCAAGUAACGACUUGAUUACUUCACGUCAUUGCAAGAGAAACUGAACUAGCUUCUCACAAGGCUUUUCAUUCCAAUUUCAAGAAAUAGAAGGGUUAAGUUAAGACCACAAGGCUUUUGAAUCGAAAGAAACACUGCAGAGGAAGCAAGAAGUGUUACGUUGCAGACGGACAUAGCCACUGCAACGAGAACACCUGAAGCUCGUCAAACUACAAGGACAGUCUCCGAAAAAAGGUCUGAGCACUGACCAGCGUCGCUGAUCGGGAACUAACUUUACUCUCACAAACUUCCCGUGUAUAUGACACAGAAAAUGGAUGAGCAAAUCACAAAUACAGGUCGAGGGCAAGCAGCAAACAUGAGAAUAUGUGCUGGAUGUGGUGAUAAAAUUAUAGACCGAUAUUUACUUCUGGCUUUGGACCAAUAUUGGCAUAUGAACUGCUUGAAAUGUUCGUGUUGUGAGGCCCGUUUGGGCGAAAUCGGGACGUCUUGCUACGCUAAAGGAGGGAUGAUUCUUUGUAAGACAGACUACGUAAGAUUGUAUGGCACUAGUGGAGCAUGCGCAGUGUGUGCUAAGCUUAUACCAGCCACAGAACUAGUGAUGAAGGUCCUAGGAAAAGUAUAUCAUCUGCAUUGUUUUACGUGUACAACAUGUCACAACCAGCUCGUGUCGGGCGAUAGAUUUCAUGUUGUCAAUGGAAGACUCUUCUGCGAAAACGACGACCCGAAUCUCCUUAAACAACUGCACGCGGCCAAGCAAACGGUUUGCUGAUAAAAGGAGUUCUAGACAGAUUUAUUCUUAAAGCAAACGAAGGCCGUUCUAUUCCCCACGUCAGCACAGAACGGAGGUGUUCUAGAUUCUAGUGGAUUCGUUUCUACUCCUUCUAGUCACAACUUAAAUCUUUCAUGUCAAGUCCGCUUCAAACACUGACGCCUUUAGCAUGCGUUAGAAUCACAGAACACAUGCUAUAUUUUUAAAUUCAUAGCAGAAAUAUUUCAAAGAAACAAAACAAAAUCCAGAUUAAAUAUAUAAUGUGUUAAGUGCUUAAUGCCGAGAGAAUGGAACAGCGCUGUGUCUGGUUGUGAGAUGCUAUGAAAAGAUUAAUGCGAUAUACUGUUUGGUCAUAAUGCUUCAUAAAAGAUGGUAUAGCUGUUGUGGACAGAGAUAGAUUGAUUGAUUGAUAAAACUUGGACUAUUGAUGGCUUGAAAUGUGGCCGUGAGUGGUCAGUAGUAAGUCAGCUCUCAAACGCUUUACACAUAUGGCUAAAUCAAUGCUAAUCCUAUCAACCACCAUCUUCGUGUGGAGAAUCACUAAUUAUUAUUUAAAAACGAGCCUUGAAUCGAGGACACACGAAUAAUAUUCCAGUUCAAAUCUCCUCUUUUUAACGUUCAAAAAUUCCUCCAAAAUUUACCUCGAAGCAAAGACUCACGAUUAGCUUAUGGUUGAUAUUGAAAAAAAAAGUUGAAUAAUGGUGCAAUAUCACUUGAAUUUGAUUUACGAUCACGUAAAUUGACUUGCUCAUCCAGAAAUGCCCCCCUAAAACCCCUAAAUCGUUUAGUAUUGUUCAACAAGGAAGUUAUAAAAUCAUAUCACAGACGUACCAACCGCUCUAAUGGGUUGCAAAAGAACCAUUAGUGAGUCAUAAAAUAAUUGUAAGAGCUAUUUUCUUGAGUGUUCUCUACACUGCUUUCUCUCGGUCUCUAGACGCUAAGCGCUUAAAAGGUUUAAUUAGAUUUUCUAUGCACCACAGAAAAGACAUAAAUCCGUUUUGGUCUUAGUUUUGUCAUUCUUAAAAGUCCUAAUUAACUUGGAUCAGCUCGUUGACAGCUUUUGACCAUUUGGAUCCAUUAGUAAGAUAAGUAAAUAGGUAAAAACCAGUUCUAAUCAAGCAUGAAGACUUAACUCUAGUUUUAGAGUUCGGCUAUGUAGUCAACAAAGAAUAAAUAGAUUGAUAGAAAUAUUUCUUGUAUAUAAAAAUCAAUGAAUAAAUUCAAAGUAAAUGUACA